GAUGACCAAAUAUCAUUGAAUGGAGAUUUAGCAAAAUCAGCUCCUCUUCUCCAUCAUUACGAGAUACAAGAUCUCCACCUACGGCAAGGCCGGUAAUUCUUGCUAAACUCUAGUUUAGUGCACAUGCGCAUUGGGUAAUAUUGAGGCACGUGUAAUAAUAAGAUGGCUGAAAUGGAUGAAUCCGUCGAGAGAAAAGAAGACAGUGAUUCCGAAAUGGAUGAGAUGGAGACAGAAGAUCAUAAUGCCGAAGAUGCGGAAGAGGAAGAAUUAGAAUUUGAUGACAGUGCUUACGUCAUGUAUCAUCAAGCAAACUUGGGCUCACCGUGUCUCAGUUUUGAUGUCCUGUUGGAUGGUCUUGGUGACAAUAGAGAAGAAUUUCCUCUUACCCUAAGUCUUGUGGCUGGAAGUCAGUCCCCAAAGGACCACAACGACAUUAUUACUGUGAUGAAAAUGAGCAAUUUGCAGCGUAUUAAGCAUAAAACAGCCGAUGAAAGUGAUUCGGACUCUUCAGAGAGCGAAGAUGAAGAUGAUAAACCUGAUCUAGAAACUACCACUCUCAAUCAUCCGGGAUGUGUUAAUCGAAUUAGGGCAACAGAGAUAAACAACAAGAAGUAUGCUGCCACUUGGUCAAUGAAUGGAAAAGUAUAUAUAUGGGAUUUAUCUAAACCAUAUGAAGCCAUCAAUGAUACAGAGAAAUUGAGCUACUAUAUCCGGAAUUGUUUAUCUCCAGAUCCAAUUUUCAAUUUUUCUGGUCACCGUGGAGAAGGAUAUGCUUUAGAUUGGUCUAGAAUCACUCCUGGCCAAUUAGCAUCAGGUGAUUGCAACAAAAAUAUUUACCUUUGGAAGCUAAAAUCGGAUUCUAGUUGGUGUGUUGAACCAGCUCCCUACUGCAGCCACUCAGACUCUGUAGAAGACAUCCAGUGGUCACCCACAGAAGCCAAUGUAUUUGCUUCAUGUUCUGUUGAUAAAAGUAUCAAAGUUUGGGAUGCAAGAGCAUCACCAGCCAAGGCUUGUAUGCUGACAUGUUCCGGUGCUCAUGACUCUGACAUUAAUGUGAUCCACUGGAAUCGAAACGAUCCUUUCUUAGUGUCCGGAGGGGAUGAUGGAGUUAUAAAGAUUUGGGAUCUGCGCCAAUUUCAACAUCAAAAACCAAGUGCUGUAUUCAAGCACCAUAGCGCACCUAUCACAUCAGUGGAAUGGCAUCCAACUGACAACAGUGUGUUUGCAGCAUCUGGUGAAGACAACAUGAUAUCUCUGUGGGAUAUGGCUGUUGAAAGGGACACGGAAGAUGAGAGCAGUAGCAAAGACGAUGAAAACAUCCCAGCACAAUUGCUUUUUAUACACCAAGGACAAAAUGAAAUCAAAGAAGUGCAUUGGCAUUGGCAAAUGCCCGGUGUGGUCAUUAGUACAGCCAUUGAUGGCUUCAAUGUAUUUAGAACUAUAAGUGUAUAAACUUUGGAUUGUAAUUAAGCUGUUGAAAGAUAAGAGAAGAAACCAUUCUGAAAUAAUA